AUGGAAUUGAAUUCAAAUUAUGGGAAUCAUACAAAUGUGGAGAGUCCAGAUCUUGCCUCAAAACACUCAUCUCAUACACCAACAGACAGUAAGCCUAAAUAUGUAUUACAUUCAGAGAAGGACACGUAUGACUUCACUGCACAAAGAUGUGUUGAGAAACCUACAAAUGCACUGGAAUCAAUGGGACAUUUAAUUAAGGGAUGCUUGGGCGGAGGUAUUUUAGGUAUUCAUGAGGCUUACAUGAAGUGUGGUCUAUGGACGUCUCUAGUAGUUACAAUUAUCUUCGGAUUCUACAUCGGUUAUUGUGUACAUUUAUUAGUUAGUUCAGCGCAGACGUUAUACCAAAGGCUACAUAUUCCACACAUGUCGUAUCCUGAUGUCGCAGAGGCGGCAUUAGAAGUAGGACCCUUCGUAAGGCUAAGGAAAUACAGUAAAUGGUUCAGAUAUACAGUGGACUUUGUGAUAUGUUUAGACCUAUUCGGAGCUUGCUGCGUCUAUCAAAUCAUUAUAGCGAAGACAAUACAGCAGGUUGUGAAUACAGAUACGGAGUUAGAAGAUCUGUCUUACUUAAGGCUUUAUGUCCUAAGUCUUCUGGUUCCAAUUCUAUUGCUGUGCAUGAUCAGAACGUUGAAGUAUUUGGCACCAUUCACUUUAAUCGCUGAUGUAUUUAUUGUAACCUGUGUUGUGGCAACAAUAGUCUACAGCCAGCAGACAGCCCCAAAGAUCUCAGAAGUACCAGCGUGGAAGGAUGUCAUUGGAUUUUUCGAAUUCUGUGGCAUUGUAACGUUUAGUAUGGAAGGAGUCGGUGUUUCAUUACCAAUAGAAAAUAACAUGAAGAAUCCGAAACAGUUUCCUAUGGUUCUGUGUGCUGGUAUGACCGUGGUAGUCUCAUUCUUGAUACUCGUUGGAUUCUUCGGCUACUGGGGUUUUGGGGAGAAGUCAAUAUCACCAGUUACAUUAAAUUUCCCGUCAGAAGUUUUCCCAACAAUACUGAAAGUAUUAAUGGCCAUUAUGAUAUUUGUGACGUUUGCCCUCAAUUUUUGGGCUCCAUUUAACUUGGUAUGGCAUUACGUGUCGAAGAAACAUAACCCGAAAAGAUAUUGGAUAUGGGAGCGAAUCUACAGGGCUACCUUUAUAGUGAUUAUCACCGCAUUAGCUAUUGCCUUCCCGAACAUAGGAAACCUUAUGGGACUGCUCGGAGCAUUCUGCUUAUCUAACAUAGGGUUUAUAUUCCCAGCCGUCAUAGAGUUGUUGGUCGUUUGGGAGACACCUGGUUUGGGAAAAUACAAAUGGCGCCUAUGGAAAAACGUCUUUGUAAUAUUAAUUGGUAUUUUUCUAUUCGUAGCUGGAACUUAUUCGAAUGCAAAAGGAUUAAUUUUAAAUUUGUAA